GGUUCCUCCUCUGAGUGAUGGCAGACGACGACAAGAGAGCGCGCGGAAGACCGAAGAAGGCGGCGGUUGUCGAAGGCGACGACGCGGACGACAAGAAGCUGAAGCGCCCGCGAAAGGCCGCCGAAGCGGCUUCGGCCGCAGUCAAGAGUCAGAGCCGCGGCGACGACGACGACGAGCCGAGCGCUAAGAGACGCAGAGGUCGACCAAAGGGCGCCACCGGCAAGAAGAAGAGGAGGAGAGGAUCGGCCAAAAAGCGGUCCAAGAGUUCCAAAGCGCCGACGGGUGGAGGCGAGGCGGCCGCCGGACACGACUUUGGCGGCGAUUAGCGCGAAGACAAUGCAUUGUUUAUAUCAUACGGAAUGCAUUCAACGGUCACAACAUUUUUGCACAAAUAUUCAGUCAUUUAUUAAUUGCUUUGAUUUACAUAUGAUUUACAUUUCCAUUGGUUUUUGCAUUAAAUGUCAAACAAUUCAUACUUUAGUCACAAAUAGUGAGCAAAUGUACUGUCAUUUCAAUAAACAAUAGAAACCCACGA